UUAUUCCCAAUUUUUCGUCAUCCAUUAUAAAUAUGCACCAACAAAGAUGCGAUACGAGAGAUUACGUUCAAUUUUUCGAGACCUUGAAAUAUGUUUUCUGCAUUAGUACCAUCUAGUGGUCCUAUAUAAAAAUUACUUUCGAUAUGUGUGCGUGCGUAUAUGUACACGAAAUACCGAUCUUUCUGCUUCAGCUAACUUAAACGGUACUAUUCUCAGAUAUUCGUUAUGAUGAAGCAAAAUAAAUAUAUAGAUAAAUUGUAGCAUAGUAUAUACCUCUAGCAUAUAGCAAAAAAUUUUCUAGAAACAAAGUAUUUUGGACGUAAUUAUAAAAAAUGUGACUUUUUGUGACUUCAAUGCCAUCUAGCGAAAAAAUUGCGGCGGAGCCAUGAACGGAUCCGCCUUAAACUUACUAUUAGUUUAAAACUAUAAGUAGCAGCUAUGUUACUUGAUGACCUUAUUCAAGUUUGGCAUACAAUUCAGUUGCAGUAACCUAGUGCUUGCAAUUCUCUGAUUUUAACCCUAGAAGUUCAAACCAAUUCGAAAUCAUGGGCUGGUCAAUUUAUUCUUUAUUCGAAUAACCUGUUUCUCUCCGACCGGGAGAUAAGUAAAUAUUGUUUUCACUUUUCAUCAUUAUUUCACACUACUGUCAUCCACCAACGACUGAGAAGAAACUACAGUAGAUUAGAAUAAAAAUAAAUACCUAUACGCUUUGUACAGUACUGUUUGUAAACAACAGUUGAGAUGGCGAAACGAGAACGUCAAAUAUUGACGGAGUUUUUGCAACUCUAUAAAGAUCUUACGUGCCUGUGGGAUGUGGAGUCCGAAUAUUAUAAAAACAAAAAAAAAAGGUACCAAGCAUGGGGACUGUUGGCGGGAAAACUAAGGGAAUUGGAACCUAAAGCAACAAUUAUGACAGCAAGAAAAAGGAUAGAUUCUUUGCGACAUGGGUACAGAAGGGAAGUGAGAAGGAUGAAACUAUCAAAGCAAAUGUCUCCAAAGUCUAGUAGUACCUAUACACCUAAUUUGUGGUACUUCAAUCUUCUAAAGUUCAUUGAUAACAAUGAAGAACAAUGCACUAGCGGAAUUGAUACUCUUAAUAGUGAUGAAGAAUCCCAAGAGAACGAACCAUCAAUAGUAAGACCAAAAACAAGGUUUGCUACUAAACAAAUAAAAAGUCCUGGAGGUAUAGGUUUAUUGGAAAAGAAAAAACUAAAAUUAUAUGACACAGCUAAGUUAUUAUUGCAACAGGAGGAUGUAAAACACAAUCCAUUUGGAUUGUAUGUAGGGGAACAGUUAACACAAGUAUCCAAGUUCCAAAGGCAUGUGGCAGAGAAAUUAAUUUCUGAAAUAAUUUUUCUAGGUAGAACUAGAAAACUCAGUAUUGACUCUAAAAUAGAGAUUUCUAAAGAUAUUUCUACUCAUAGUAAUUAUUCACAUUUAAAGACUCCUUCUCCGGAUUACAUUUGACAUUACUGCUAAAGUGAAGGAUGAUUGUGUUACUUACAUAAGUACAGCUUUGCAGAGAUGUCUGUUAGAUGAAAUAUAUGUUAGCACAAGGGAACAGAAAACAACAGCUUUUAGAUAACAUUCCGUUCAGCUAAAAGCUGUUGAUUUCCACAUAGCACAUUGCUUUGUUAUCUCUUGUGGUUUCUCCAAAGUUGCUGUUAAAUGUGAAUCCUAGAAAAUGUAAAUAAAAAAAUAUAGGUAUAAUAAGGAAUAUUGAUUAUUAAUAAAAUGUUAAAAUAUAUA